AUGUCGGACAUCGAAUCUCUCCCCGAAUCCCCUCUGCCCGAUCGCGACGAUCAUGCCGAUAAUGAAGAACCUCGCGAAGGCGCUGGGGGCGCGACUGCCAACGAGCUUUCCGACGACGACCAGUUGUCGGAAAUGGACGAGGACCAAUUCGAAGACUACGACCCAGAGACAGCCAACAUCGAAGACCGACCAGUAGCUGUUGACGAAGAUGUGGCCAAGACUCUCAAGGCGUCUAAGCGAAAGGUGGCAGAUGGCGCGAAAGCGAAGAAACCGAAGGAGGGACGCAGGGAGAAGAAACGGACACGCGACGAUGAGGUUUCUGGUGAGGCGGAUGGUGAUGCCGGGCGACCUGCUCGCAAGUCGAGACGCCAGGCCGAUGGCGAGAGGAAGCCCCGGCCUAGGGCUGCUGAGCCCGAGGUUGACGACGAGUCCCAUCUUACGCCAGAGGAGCGUAGGCGGCGCGCGAUCGACCGGGCGCUGGAUGCUGCCAUGAAGGGGCCUGCGAAGCGGAAGAAGAAGAAGGACGAAAUUGAUCUGGAGGACGAGAUCGAUGAGCAGAUCGCAGACCUGAAGGUCGCCAUGGAAAAGGCUUGUGAGGCAGACAACAGCGCACGCGAGGCCGGUCAACCAGCCGUUCACAAGUUGAAGCUCCUGCCUUCGGUGACCGGUCUGCUGAACCGGAACAACAUCCAGCACGCCAUUCUCGACCCCGACACCAACUUUUUGCAGCACGUCAAGUUCUUCCUCGAACCCCUGAAUGACGGCAGUUUGCCCGCAUACAACAUCCAACGCGACAUUUUCAGUGCGCUCAUCCGGCUCCCCAUCGAGAAGGAGGCGCUUCUAAGCAGUGGCAUCGGCAAAGUUGUUUACUUCUACACCCGCUCGAAGAGGCCCGAACCUAGCAUCAAGCGCAUGGCCGAGCGCCUCCUUGGCGAUUGGAGCCGACCUAUCCUCAAACGGACAGACGACUACAAGAAGCGCCACGUUGAGACGCGCGAAAUCGACUAUGAGGCUCUGAAGAUGUCGCAGCGCCAGGCUGGCAGCUCCCAGUUUACCCUUACCCAGCGGCCUUCCCAGUCUGCCAGGGAGCUGGAGCGUGAGGCCAUGCUGGCGCCCGUCGUCACCUCGAACCGUGCUCGUCCCGGUGGUCUCCCUGACAGCUACACGAUUGCGCCCAAGAGUACGUACGACGUUUCGCGGGCCCCGGAGCACCGCCCCAUCGGUGCCGGUGGCCUGGAAGCAUUCCGCAAGAUGACGCAGAACCGCAAGAAGCGGUAA